AUGCCUGCGACCACUGCAGCGGUUUCUGCCCCUAAGGCUCCGGGGCCGCUCUCUGGCCCCACUCGAACUUUUCAUCGCCACUCCAAGCGUGCACCGUCGGACGAAGAGGAGAAAAUCUGUAUGAUCUGUCGAGUGCCGCUGGUGGCCCCGAGCGUGGACGAGGCUUCAAACGACGUUGUGCACGACGCAAGACUUGAACGGUCUAGGAGCAGAUCGCGUAUCCGCUUGAGACUACCAAGUUUCUCUCGUCAACGAUCUAGCAGAGCGCGUUCCCUGGAACCUGAAGUACCUGAAGAGCCUGAAGAACCUCCAAGCACUGAACUAGCCGGAUGGCCAACACCACGUAUUCCGCCACCUGCUCAAGCUGGUGGACCUCAAAACGCCAAUUCUGGUAUGCAUGGUGGGGAAGAAAUUUGGGAAACACACCACCCAGACCUUUUUAGGGAAUUUCCGGAAGAGGUGCAGGGAUACGGACACGGUUUUGGACUACCACAGUUCCAUGGUGAUUUUCAAUUGCCGUCACCUUACCAUGGUGAUUUUGGAUUGCCGUCACCUUACCACGGGGAUUAUGGAUUCCCGCCACCUUACAAUGCCGGGUACGAACCGUCGGGCUUUCCAGGAUAUUACGACGCCCAGCCUGCGAUGAUGCACAUCCCACCUUGGCAAAUGGCCCCACCCCAGCCACCGCCCGGCUACCGUCUCGUCGGGAUGCGCCACGGAAACGGGGAAAUGAUUCCUCUCGACCAUCUUCCCCCAGGCUUUCCAGUGCCCUUUAACGGCGGUCCUCCUCCACGCAUGAUCCAGCUUUCAGGGCCUUCACACAAUCCUUUCGGCCAAUUCUAUCCCGGACAGGCAUACUCGGUGAAUAAUCACAACAAAAACUUCAUCGAUAUGUGUUACAUCUUCAUUAUAGCUUUCGGGCUUUUCCUUUAUGUGAUAAGAUGA